CCCCUGCAUGUGUGUGCAAGGGCUGUUGUGACCUGCACAGAUCCUGUCUGUUGCUGGGACUGUGCUGCCUUCCCAGGGCUGGCCAGGAGGCCUGCAAACAGACCGGAGUGAGAAAGUUCAUGUGCGCUUCUAACAAAAACCAGUUGUCACUCCUACUAAAUAUGUAGGCAGCUGUCAAUAAGUAGCAUGGACUAACAAGCUGUCCACCUGCCAGCCUCACUCCCUCCUGCCUUUCCUAACAAGCUGUCAACCUCCUGGUGUUCACCACAGCUGGAAUAUCUCCCCAGGGCAGCCACAGCUCAGCCUGCCUUUGCUAGCAUCAAUGCAACAUGUGGUAUAUGCAUAUGUUGGCCCUAAAGCCUCCUUGGGGCAGAAGGGGAAGGAGAGGAAGCAGCACUGAACAGAUGCUAGUUAUGUUGGUCCAGACGGGGCUCAGAAGCUGGGAAUGGAAUAUAACAUCCACUCAUUCAUUGUUGACAACAUGGCUUGUUCUAAUCUAAAUAUGACUGUCUUUUUUCUGAGGUGGAGGUCUUCGUUUAGCUAGCACCAAGGAGAUGAGCCACUCCAGGAGGCACAAUGGCCCAUCAACCACCACCCCAAGACUGGAGCUUAGUAGACUUUUAAAUGAGACAGGAAAUGUGACUUUGUGCAUGGUGAGGACUAUACCUAGAGUGGACUGGCCCAGGAGUCCAUUCCUGUCCCACCUUCCUCACUCUGGCACUGUGUCCACCUUUGACAACUGCUUAUUGGUUUUAGGCGUUAAAAGCUAGUUUGCUCAGUGCAAUAGAAGAGCAAGAGCUGACCUCUGAUGCUGGUUCAUUCCUUGUUACAGUGCAUAGGAUGUGAUGGGGCUCCCCAGCUGGACAUAGGCAUUCAGUAUCUUCCCAGAUACCCUAAAUCAUAGUCAGCUCUCCUGGCCUAUCUUGACUAUGAUCAGAGAGUAGUACAGCUCUUUACUCUGGCCCAGUGGUGUCUAUGCAGCUCAGGAGUGGUCCUUGCAGUACAAAACGGCUGUGGUAGUGCUUGUCCUUGCAGACUAGCGGGAGCACAGUUUCAGAGGACUUUGAGGCUCUACUGUUGGUAAAAUGGGCCAUUCAUCAAGAUGCUCAUACGGCACAAAUGACCCUCCAACUUUUCCCAUUGAGGAGCGGCCUCAUGUAUGGACUUGUUACCCAAGGUCACCUUCUUGAUGAAAUACCGGUUACAGCUGUGUAUGAGAAGCCCUCUGAGUUGUAAGACUGUUUUGUGGUGUGUGUUGUGCUGCGUCUGCAUGGCCAGAGCACAUCACCUCUGUGCUGUAGGCUUGGUUUGGGUCUGUCAGGCCAGGUGCUGACCCUUCUGCUCCAGACAGAGAGAGAUUGCUCUGAUGAGAUGUGGGUCUGUGGAAGCAGAGCAGUACUCUGAGACAUGCCUGUAGCUCUGUCUCUGAGGUCUGGCCCCUCUGGACUUGCUGGAGGCAUUUGAAGACAGUUGGGUUAAUGAGGUCAGGUGAGAUCCAGCAAUUGCUCAGGUAACCUCACGCCAGCCAAAGAAUCUGUUCUGGAUCCUCUGGAGAGGCUGAGGGCAAUGUAUGCUGGUUUGCAUCUGGAGAUUUUAGCUGGAAAGGCUGUGGAUUUCAAAUUCACAUCUUUUUACAUGGUGGCAGGAGAUCUUCACCUGUUGGUUGAUGGUUUUUGCUUGGUGUUGUACAAAACACGGGAAUACUUCCCUGUCUGUAGUGCAGUGACUCAGUUCCCCUGUGUGUGACCUAAUUCUAAAUUUAAUGCAGCCUUUAUUCCAGUGUAUCUUUUCAUAAUCGCUUUGUGAUCUGGGAGGUCUUGCUUCUCAGCAGCUGGAAAUCCUGCUCCUGAGCAGGGGUUCUGAGGCCAGGGCAUGGGAUUUGGCUUGAAAGGACUUUCAGGUUUUGGCAUCUGGGGCAGACAACUGUAGGCUGACGCAGCUUGUCAUCUUCGGAGGAAAGAUUAAUCACAGUGGGAAAACACUGGCAGGGCUAUGAUGAUCUUUGUAGGUGUAGGGUAUCAGCUGCCCUGCAGUAUGUGAAGUAGGUUGUUAGUCUGACUUAUUUGCUCCCUCUCUGCCUUCCUUGGGAUUUUGCUUCUGAUCAACUGCUCUUCUGUCACAGCUGCCACUUGGCAGCAAACGUACCUCAAGGCUGCAACCUUGUGCUCCUGCCUCUGCAACCAGCAGCUUAGAGCUGUGUGUGUUUGCCUUAGCAGAGAUCAGGACCAGAGCAAACACUUGUUACCUUUGAGGAGGAUAGAAAUCCUGCAGCAUGAGAUGGAGAAGUUGGGAGUAUCCUGCGAGUGGGGGGGAGGCUGGGAGAGAACAGUGAAUUCUGGUGGCUCUUGGGAGAAGCUCCAGAGCCAUGGAACAGUACAAUCCCACAAUGGGGAUGUAGAGCUGCCCUGGAGAUGAGGCACAGCGGACUGGUUUGGGGUGAGCAAAGACAGUGACGCUACUCAGAAAUGGCAGAGAAAGAGCCUCCGCCACUGCAGUCUGCGGUAUGGGAAGCUGAAACCUCAGGUCAUCCGAGAAAUGGACUUGCCCAGUCAGGACAAUAUUUCUCUAACAAGCACAGAGACUCCUCCUCCACUGUAUGUUGGACCCUGCCAGCUGGGCAUGCAAAAGAUCAUAGACCCCUUGGCCCGCGGCCGAGCUUUUCGCAUGGCUGACGACAAUGAUGGCUUCAGCAUCCCGCACACACCGAUCACACCUGGCGCCACAUCGCUCUGCUCCUUCACCAGCUCCCGCUCAGGGUUCAACCGCCUUCCACGGCGGCGGAAACGGGAAUCUGUCGCUAAAAUGAGUUUCCGCGCAGCUGCAGCUUUGGUGAAGGGGCGCUCAGUGAAGGACAGCACCCUGAGGAGAGCUCAGCGGCGCAGCUUCACCCCAGCAAGUUUCCUGGAGGAGGACACGGUGGAUUUUCCAGAUGAGCUCGACACUUCUUUCUUUGCUCGGGAAGGAGUCCUUCAUGAGGAGCUCUCUACUUACCCAGAUGAAGUGUUUGAGUCACCAUCAGAAGCUGCAAUCAAAGAUGCAGAGGUGAAACCUCAGGAUCAGACGGACCUCACAGGAGGGGCCUUGGACAAAAAUGAGCUUGAAAGAAGCCACUUGCUACUCCCACUGGAGCGAGGCUGGAGGAAGCAGAAGGAUGGGGCCCUGGCACAGCCCAAGGUCCGCUUGCGGCAGGAGGUGGUGAGUGUCAGCCCACAGAAGCGUGGCCAGCGCAUAGCUGUCCCUGUCAGGAAGCUCUUUGCCAAGGAGAAGAGGCCGUAUGGCCUGGGCAUGGUUGGGAAGCUGACGAACCGCACGUACCGCAAACGCAUCGACAGCUAUGUCAAGCGGCAGAUCGAGGACAUGGAUGAUCACAGGCCUUUCUUCACUUACUGGGUCACCUUUGUGCAUUCACUCAUUACCAUCCUUGCUGUGUGCAUCUACGGCAUUGCCCCUGUGGGGUUCUCGCAACAUGAAACUGUUGAUUCAGUCUUACGAAACAGAGGGGUUUAUGAAAAUGUCAAAUACGUUCAGCAGGAAAACUUCUGGAUUGGCCCCAGCUCAGAGGCCCUGAUCCACCUCGGGGCCAAGUUCUCACCGUGCAUGAGGCAGGACCAGCAAGUGCACAGCUUCAUCAGUGCCAAGCGGGAGAAGGAGAAGCACUCUGCUUGCUGUGUGCGGAACGACAAGUCAGGCUGUGUGCAGACCUCAGAGGAGGAGUGCUCGUCCACGCUGGCCGUGUGGGUGAAGUGGCCCCAUCACCCCAGCACACCGAUGUUGGCAGGAAACAAGAGGCAGUUUGGGUCUGUUUGUCAUCAGGACCCCAGGGUGUGUGAGCAGCCAGCCUCGAUGGAGCCACAUGAGUGGCCAGAUGACAUCACCAAAUGGCCGAUCUGCACGAAAAACAGUGCUGGGAAUUACACCAACCACCUUCACAUGGACUGUGUGAUUACAGGCCGGCCCUGCUGCAUUGGGACCAAAGGAAGGUGUGAAAUAACCUCCCGGGAAUAUUGUGAAUUUAUGCGGGGCUAUUUCCAUGAAGAGGCAACACUCUGCUCUCAGGUGCACUGCAUGGAUGAUGUCUGUGGACUCCUCCCUUUCCUAAAUCCAGAGGUCCCUGACCAGUUCUACCGCCUCUGGCUCUCACUUUUCCUCCAUGCUGGGAUCCUGCACUGUCUGGUUUCAGUCUGUUUCCAAAUGACGAUCCUGCGGGACCUAGAGAAGCUGGCAGGAUGGCAUCGCAUCUCUAUCAUCUACCUUCUCAGUGGCAUCACUGGGAACCUUGCCAGUGCAAUAUUUCUACCCUACAGAGCAGAGGUUGGCCCUGCAGGAUCCCAGUUUGGGAUUCUGGCCUGUCUCUUUGUGGAGCUCUUCCAGAGUUGGCAAAUCCUGGCACGCCCAUGGAGGGCCUUCUUCAAGCUGCUGGCUGUGGUGCUCUUUCUUUUUGCAUUUGGCCUUCUGCCUUGGAUUGAUAAUUUUGCUCACAUUUCAGGAUUUAUCAGUGGUUUCUUCCUCUCCUUUGCCUUCCUGCCCUACAUUAGCUUUGGAAAGUUUGAUUUAUAUAGGAAGCGAUGCCAAAUUAUAAUUUUCCAGCUCAUCUUCAUUGCACUCUUCUCAGGACUCGUGAUUCUGUUCUAUUUCUACCCCAUCAAGUGCGAGUGGUGCGAGUUUCUCACCUGUAUACCAUUCACAGACAAAUUCUGCGAGAAAUACGACCUGGAUGCACAGCUCCACUGAAAGGCAAAGGCUGGCUUCUCGAGCAGGCACUGGAGAUAGAUGUCUUUGCGUUUGCUGUGCCAGUUCCAUGUGGACAAAGCCUCUAAUCCAAUGACACUUCUAACCCUGCCCGUGGUUAAUUUAAACUGUCUCCUUAGCACUUGGCAGGCAUGUUUUUGCCUUAUCUCAGAAGAAUCUGAAAACGGAACGUUUGUGCCUUGUUCAAUUGUAUUGAACCUUUUCUGCUGCCAUUAUUUUUAUUACACUAGUUUCAAUACUACAUUUUUAACCAGAGUUGUUUACUACUGCUGAGGUGGUGAUUAAAUGGUAAGGUAGCGUUUUAGCUACUGUUAAUUGUU